AUGCUGACGGAACACAUCUGCACGCUGUCCCUCCACCUCUCGGAGAAAGAUGCGAGUCUCGCGACCUUGCAGGCGCACAAAGUCCUUUGCGGUCGCUGCGGCAUGUGGAAUACCAUGGGGUUGCCGGGAUCCCUGCGCUCAGCACUCACAGCUUCACACGCUGCCGUGCGGACCAUGCCGAAGUCUUUUUUCGACGCGGACAACGUGACCAAGCGAGACAUGGUUGGUUUAUCAGAGUCGGCGCGUCGAGCGGUUCAAGCUACCGAAGUGGAGCAAGCUUCCAAGUUGGUGAUGUCAGACAUCUACUGUGCGCCCUCCACGGUCCAUGGCUGGGGUGUUUUUGCAGGGCGUGACUUCCGCAGAGGCGAGAUUCUGCACGAGUCACCGGGGCGCCUGAUUGAGGGGCUACCCGAGUGCAUUACGGACGAUGUCUUCGCAACCACGCAAGUCCUUUGGGAGAGCGAGGCAAAGAACUACUCGGUCUUGGGCUUGGGCUUCGCGUCGUUGCACAACCAUGCAGAGGAUCCAAACACCGAGUUUUCAUGGGAACAGCGCCGAGAGCACGGUCGCAGACUCAUCGGCCGCUUCUACACCCUCAGGCCCGUCAACAAGGACGAGGAGCUUUUCAUCUCCUACGGGCCAAAGUGGUUCGAGUCGAGGAACAUCUCGGCGAUCCCCGUCCCAAAAGCUACGUGA